CGCCGUCACGUCUGUUGCCAGGCAGAGACUGACGUCAGUGACGUCGCCAGCACCACCGGAGAGGAGCCGGGCAAUUUACAAGUUAGUGGAGCCGUUGCCACACUGGACCGCAUAAAAAAAAUAAGCUUUGCUGCUCCGCCACUUGCCACAACCGUUCGCAUUCAUAUACAGGGAGAGAGCCUGCGAUCAGAGACGGGGGGCUUCUGUAGCAGAGUCAGAUAUUUGAAGGUUUCCGCUGACGGGUCCACGUUACUCUUCACGAUGAUUUCUUUAUGUUUUCUGCCUCUUUUCUUCUUGCUGGACUCCUCACUAUGUUACAUAACAUCCAGUCUUGUCCUCAGAUCUCCUGUGGAUCUCCUCAGUGCUGUGUGGUUGGUCUAUGUUAUUAAAGCUCCAAUACUUACCCUCCUCUCCAGUCAUCUGCCUCGUCCACAAUGGAUCCCCUCUGGUUUGCUCUAUGUCCUGACCUUCUGCUUUGCUCCUCCUCUGUACCAGACCCUGAGGUUCUUCCUCACCUCUCAGCCUCCGGAGCUGCACUCUGUGUUCUCCAGCUCCCUCCUCUACCAUCUGCCCCUUCUAUUGUCCUGUCUAGUCUGGGAUCUGAUUUUACCUUCUACUAAGACAAAAGAAACGUCUGCAGAAGAUGAAAAAGAACAAUCGCGCAGGAAGAACUUCAUUAGACUUGUCAAACUUUCCAAGCCCGAUUGGAUGUUCCUGUGUCCGGCAUUUGUCUUCCUUACACUGGCUUUGAUAUUUGAAAUGUCGAUUCCUUAUUAUACGGGGCGCAUGAUUGACAUCUUAUCCAACAAGUACAAGGAGACAGAGUUCCUGGCGGCUGUCAUUUAUAUGGCAGUGUUAACUAUCUCAAGCUCAGUCUCCACAGGCUGCAGAGGGGGAUUUUUCAUAUUCUGCCUGUUUCGUCUCACGAGACGUUUGCGAGUUCUUCUCUUCCGUGCUUUUGUUAAACAGGACAUCGCUUUCUUUGAAACUACUAAAACAGGUGACAUCUCCUCUCGACUAACAAAUGACACGGCUCUCGUGAGUCGCUCUAUCGCUGGCAAUGUGAACAUAACCCUGCGGACAGUCAUAAAGUGUAUCGGUUAUUAUGUCUUCAUGUUCUCUAUAUCUUGGCAACUUACUCUCCUCAGCUUAUUCAGCAUGCCAUUGAUUUCCAUUGUACAGAGCAUGUACAAUAAAUAUCACGAGGAUCUUGUGAAGAGGGUGCAGGAUUCUAUCGCCAGCUCUUGUGAUCUGGCAAAAGAGAUUGUCGAGUCGGUAAAAACAGUGCAGAGUUUUGCAGCUGAAGAAGAAGAGGUGAAGAGAUACGAGGAGUCCCUAAAAAAGACUCAUAUUCUGCAGAUAAAGAGGGACACGGUCAGAGCUCUGUAUCUUCUCAUAAUAAGGAUCAUUAAUCUGGCAGCGCAGGUUUCGGUCUUAUGCUAUGGACACGCAUUAAUCCUUAGUGGAAAGAUCAGCACCGGGGCAAUGGUGUCCUUCAUCAUCUACCAAAUGGAGUCAAAUGACUAUUUACGGAGUCUGAUUCACAUGAUCAGUGAGAUAACUCAUUCAGCAGGCGUGGCGUCCAAGGUUUUCCAGUACCUGGAUCGGGUGCCACAGGUCUCCACAUCGGGAUCGCAUCGUCCAAAAGAUUUACGCGGCGAAUUUGAGUUCCAGAAUGUUACGUUUUGUUAUCCAUCCCGCCCAGAUACCCCCGCUGUGCAGGAUAUAUCAUUCCACCUUCCUCCUGGAAGCGUCACUGCUCUUGUUGGGCCCUCAGGAGGUGGUAAGACGACCUGCGUGUCACUUCUGGAGAGAUUCUAUGAGCCUCAGAGUGGGGAAAUCCUUCUUGAUGGACGACCACUGGCUGAAUAUGACCAUCAGUAUCUGCACAGUAAGGUGGCGCUGGUGGCUCAAGAUCCCGUUUUGUUUGCUGGAACAGUAAAAGAAAACAUCAGUUAUGGUCUCAAUGAUAAGAGUGACCAGCAAGUGACGGCAGCAGCGAGGCAGGCUAAGGCUGAAACCUUCAUUAGUAAUUUGGAAAAGGCCUAUGAUACAGAUGUUGGAGAUAGCGGGGCUCAGAUGGGGGCCGGGCAGAAGCAACGCAUCGCCUUAGCUCGAGCUCUGGCCCGGAAACCCAAGUUACUUAUUCUGGAUGAAGCUUCCAGUUGUCUGGAUGUGGAGACGGAGCACGAGAUCCAGCAGUCGGUCCAGAGUAUUCCAGGCCUCUCUGUUCUCAUCAUCGCUCAUAGGCUUCGUACUGUGCAGAGCGCAGAUCAGAUCCUAGUCCUAGAGGGAGGUCGGGUGGUGGAGCGCGGAAAUCACGAUGAGCUCAAACAGAGGAAAGGAACCUACUAUAAACUCCUGCAGAAUGGGGACUGAGAUGAAAUUCACCUGUAUAUGGGAAUAAUGGAGCACACGAUACGACAUAAACAGAUGACGUACCUUAUGUUUUACAAAAAAAAUGGGAAGCAUGACAUUUUAUGCUCAGAAGUAUUUUUUUUCAGACUUUUAAUCUAAAAGCCCUAUUUGAGUUUUUUUUUUUUUUUU